GUCGCUCUGCUUUUCUAUCAGCUGUUGUUUAGCACUAGAAUUGUUUGUUUUUAAUUUCGACGAUUUCUGGAACAAAUUAGAACAGGCGAAAAGGACAUUUAUUUCAACAAAUUAAUUUAUUAAGUGUAAUGAACAAUGGAAUCGGAAAGCGCUGAUGAGAUUGAAUUGUGUCAGAAUGUUGAACCUCAUGAAGUUGAAGAGACAGUUAAAUCAAAAGCCGUGGUCAAAUUUUCACAGAUUCAAGCGCCAGUUAAAUUUAAUCGCUUAGAAUGUAAUACCAAUUUAAAUUUACCUCCGUCCAACUGGUUGACUAGUGCUGACAACAAUUAUGGUCUACAGCAGGCACUGUAUCAUAAUCCCGGCUUUGCCAGUUUUCGCAUGGCUCAUAUGUUUCCGGAUUGUGUGGGCGAGGUAGAUGUUGUAGCCGAUGCAGAAAAUAUCAAGAAGCUGCUGAAAUUGCCAUACGCCUCGAAGGGAGCUGUUAGUAUGACUGUGCAUAAGGUGGGAAACACCUUGUUGUUGGACGAGUUCGACAUACAAAAGUAUUUACUAAGAAAGGCCGAUGAUGAUUGGAAUUGGCUUAGGACAUUUAUAAUGGAGCAAAUAUUGGCCUAUGAUGAUGGUGGCCACAGUGUGUGUCUUAAAGAUAAAUCACGAGAGGCAAUUCAGACAAAAAAUUUACUAUCAAAAUUUUUGUAUUAUUCCUUAAAACAGUCGCCCAACUGUGAUGUAAAUGAAAAACUUGCAGGUGAGAACAAGGAACAAAGAAAGGCCUUGCCUAUUACGGGACCCCUUCUACCUGAACCUAAGGUGGAGGAAAAUGUUCCAGACCCAAAUUCCUCUCAUGUUUUCCAACGCAAUGUUGUGUGGACAUUUGAGGAUAUACGCAUGUUAAUUGGAACUGAUAUGCCUAUUUUUGGUGGACCCAAUAGACCUUGCAUUAGCCUCAGGCUACGUGAUAUGGCAAAGCCCAUUAAUGUACUUACCGGCAUUGAUUAUUGGUUGGAUAAUUUGAUGUGCAAUGUACCCGAGGUUGUGAUGUGUUACCAUUUGGAUGGCAUUGUGCAGAAGUAUGAAAUAAUAAAAACUGAAGAUUUACCUUACUUGGAGGACUCGCAAUUCUCUCCACAGCUAGUCAAGAAUGUUGCACAAAAUAUUCUUUCCUUUUUGAAGGCGAAUGCCACCAAGGAAGGCCACACAUAUUGGUUGUUCAAAGGGCGUAAUGACGAUGUGGUUAAAUUGUACGACUUGACGACAUUGUGCAAGAAUCAAAGCAGCUCUGAAGAUGAGGAAUGCGAUGAGACUCAAGGGAACCCAUUCACCGUACCAGUUGCAAUGCUUCUCUACACCGUGGCCAGAAAUAUGAAAAACCGAAAUGCUUCAAUAAGUCCAAAGACUGCAGGGAAUAUUCGAGCUCUUUUGGAUAAUUGUAUACAAUUGCUGGAUAAAGAAAAGUACCCUCAAAUAGUUACCUCGUCUCAUUAUAUACUGUCCGAUUUGCAUGUUCCAGCUGGAAUAGAUCCAAAAGACCCAAAGUUUGAUGUAUGUGAUGCUGAUUCGGAUACCCAAUCAGUAUAUGAGGAAGAUGACGAGGAAGAAGAAGAUGAAGAAGACUUCUUUUAUGAUAAUAAGGACAAUGCGCGAGACCUGAGCAAAGAUCAUAAUGUGGCAGUGCAAAAUAUUUGUGAUACCCUCAAGGAUUUUACCUUUGACAGUCGUCAACCCAAAUCGAAUAAGCAAAGACCUUCACCACUGAUUGCCACGGUCGAAGAGAGAUGCUGUAUAUCUUUGCAACAUAUUAAUCAAGGUUUGUCAUGUCUGCAAUUUUUCAACAAAAAUGAGGAAACUUUUAUCAAACAAUCAGAGGCUAGAGCUAAAGAUGAGGAAAAGGCAAGAAUUCUGCAUGAAGAACAGAAUCCUAACAUGGCCAAGCCAUUCAAACCUAUCCCUUUGCCUUAUGAAACAUUAAAAUCCCCAUCAAAAUCACCAGAAACACAGCAAGAUACAGUAGCAUCAGAGCAGUCUCUAGCCGAAAGUAGGGGGAAAAAGUCAAAAUUGAAGAAAUCUCAAAGUCGUGACUUAAAACCUGUCUUAACGGCAGCUCAAACGGCAAACGACAGUCAUGCCAUACCUCCGCAACAGAUUGCUGUAAGUUUCAAUUCCCAACAAUUCGGGUCGUGGAAUAUCCAUUUGAAACUGUUGUUGUUGGAGAAAGCUUGUCUAACGUAUGCAACAUUGGCAGAAUAUCAAUAUGUCGAACAGAAAUAUGGUCUUAGCUUGCGCUACAUAUACAUGGCAUGUAAAUGUCAGCAUGUGGUUCUGAAAUAUGUUUCCAGCAUGGUAUCCCAAAAGCGUUGCCUUUUGGGCCGAGCCGGUGACUGUUUCUUUCAAAUGGCUAAAAACUGGGAGAACAUAGGACAGAACAUUAAAGAUUUCCAUAAGACAGACGUAUCGGAAAAAUACAUUGAAAUGGAGCUGGAAAAGGAACUGGAAACCGAUGAAUGUUCUGAGCUAAUCAUUCCCCAGGAGAAUAUAGAACUUCUUAUGGUAUCGAGUUGUGCAUGCUACGAAAAUGCAUUGGAACUUGUUACUAAUGCAACGGCCAAAACAACUGUUGAUGAAGAAGCUCGUCAUGAGUUAUUGCGACGACUUGGAAAUGUACGCAAUGAAUUAGGUGUAAAGUAUAUGUUUUGGUCUCAGGAACAAUAUACAAAACAUUUACAAGAUAACUCGGAGGAGAUGAAGGCAAACGAACCCGAUGAGGGCAAAUCUCAAAAUAAUGAAAACGAUAACGAUGCUGAAGAAAAAACGAAUACCACGGCUGAACCUUUGUAUUUGAAAUUAGCUAUGAAGUCAUAUGAUUGUUUAAUACGAGGUAUUAAAGCUUUUGCUUUGGUGGAGGAUAAUGUGAAUAUGGCAUUUUUAUAUUGUAAUAUGGGACGAUUUAUGCGUUUCAGAGCCCAUCUGAUUACAAAUGAGAACAUUGAUGUUAUACAACAACAAAAACGAUUCUAUAACGAGGCAUUUUCAUUCUACGAAAAAGCUCAAGAUGUUUUGGGAUCACGCAAAUCGAACGCAGAACUCUGGGAUUUGGUGAAUUGGGAAUUAUCAACAGCAACAUUUACCCUUGCUAAACAGCUGCAAGAUUGUAGCAGUGCAGAUGAGACAUGUCGUGGAGAUUUAGAGAAAGAAGUAUUGGAUCUUUUGCAAAAGUCAUUGAAGUUAUGUGAUGUCGAACAUCCUGGUGCCCGGCAAGUUGUUUACACUUAUCGCUCCGGAUUGAUUCAUCAAAGAAUUGCUUCCUUUCAUCACAUUCAAUUGAGAAACAAUUAUUCCGAUUCAACUACACUACCGAAAACUAUCAUUCAACUCUGUAAAUAUCAUUACGAAAAGGCAGCAAGUAUUUUGGAUAGUUUGAGGGAAGCACCCGAUUAUUUGGUGAUACAAUUGGAACGUAUAUCAUUGCAAGAAUUUUUGGCUGAGAAUUCUCUUAACAAUACACAAAAAAUUAAACACUUACAACAACUAUUGGAUAUAUGUCUCAAUUCCAAGCCAUUGUUUGAAUACGCUCUAAGUAAUUGGAAUUCGUCCGCUGAUAAUCCAAGCACAGUGGGCGGGAAUUCGGCUUCGGCGAGUGCUAGUGGUGGCGGUAGUGGUGGUGUUGGUAGUGAAACAGAAUUUCGAAAACAUAUACUUUUGUUUGAGAGCCGCCUACAAAAUGCCCUGAAGACCCUAAUAAAGCUGUUGUUGAACACCAAGGAUCCAAAACAAAAAGCUGAUCUGUACAAAAAGAUGUAUAUGGAAACCUUGAAUAUUAGAAAAAUAACAGGUGUUCAGAAUGAACAGACCACGACUGUUAUGGUUUUGGCACAACAAUUUGCCAAUCUAUUGGAGAGACUGACACAAUUGGAACGAAUACAUGCAAAUAGUUUAAACAAUAACAACAACAAUAGUGGUAACAGCAAUAAUAAUGGAACACAUAAUGCUAACUAAUAACUGCUAAACAGUUGUUGUAUUUUAAGCAAACGAUUAUUUUUGUACUAGUGGUAUAUUGAAUUGCAUACUCUCUGUAAUUGAAGAUAGAACAAAUUGUUUACUCGGUUUUCUUUCAUUCUUAGAACGUACAUUUGUAGAUGUAGCAACAAUGCAUCGGAGAAUUAUACAAGCACUAAAAAAAGCACAAGGUUGAUGAUGUGAGCAAAGUUUUAUUUAUAUUUCAGGGUCAUGCAAUUUGUUUCACAUCAGAAGGAAUAAUAAAUGUAAUGUGAAAGAUCACCUUGAGUUCUGAAUGUUCAUCUCGUGUCAAGGAUAUAUAGAAUACGGUUCUUUAAAAUAAUAUCUAACUUAUGUGAUUAACGAAAAUAUCUCUACUUUCAUACAGCUUCAUGAAAUAAAAUUAUUGCAAUAAAUAUCUGUUAAUAACUUAAA